AUGUAUUUUGGGAGCAUUACUCUGGAAGUACGGCAAAUGGUUUUCUAUGGUCUCGUUCGUAUAUGUCUAGAGCAUCCGUUCUCCAACCCGUGGUUGCGAGAGGUCUCUAUUGAUCUCAUCUCGGUAUACAAUGACACACAAAUCGUGUCUUCGCAAUGGUAUAGCAUGGCACUCUUGGCCUGCUUCAUGCAUCGCAAGAUCAAAAAAGAAAAAAACAUCCUCCGAUCCUGA